AUGGCUCUUGGAGAGAAGCCAGAUCAUCCGGGUCGCUGUUACGGUUUUGGGGGUGUUAAUGUUGGCUAUACCAAGGCUUUUGAACACGUACCUCGUACGCACUAUAGGAGAUCGAUGAAGGAACAAGAGGAGGCACUCAUACAGAAAAUGAGUGAAAGGUGGAGGGAGGACAUUGCCACAUAUAUGCAGAAUGUGAUGAUUUCACCUUCACAUCCAUCUACCGGGCCAUAUUCUUCACCAUCUGGUGGGCCAUCUUCUUCUCAUGUACAACCACCUACUCAGCCACCUGGGCUCCGACUCAGCCUCCUAUUCCAACAUCUGCUUCACCAUUUCCUGGGCCAUAUUAUGGGCCAUCUCUUGGGCCAUACCCUGAGCCACCUCUUGGGCCAUCUCCUGGGCCACCUCUUGAGCCAUCUCCUGGGCCAUAUCUUGGGCCAUGUCCUGGGCCAUCUCCUGGGCCAUCUCCUGGGCCACCUCUUGGGCCACCUCCUCGACCAUCUCCUGGGCCAUCUCCUGGGCCACCUCUUGGGCCACCUCCUCGACCAUCUCCUUGGGCCAUCUCCUGAGGUAGCUGCUUCACAGCCCACUCAUCUACGUACUCCAUUAUCUGAAUCAGACACUCAUUCUCCUCAGCUGAAGGACGAGGUUCCAUGUCGAUUGUAUUUGGUAGAUCCAACUAGUGGAGAGACUUGUCUAGUGGCAGAUGCAUAUUCUUAUGCUUUUGAUGAGACCACUACAGUUCAUGGGUCUAGAAUGAUGAAUGAUCACCUGAAAGUGAAAAUUCAUCGAAUUAUAGAGAAAUAUGGUCAUUUGCCACUACCUGUUCCCGUCCCUGCAUAUGAGAUCGACACUACAGCUACUGCUUUGGGUACUUGGGUGCAAUGGCCAAAAAAUUUAGCACAAAUGUUAAGUGAUGAGGUUACACCGACACCUAAAAAACAAAAAGGGAUUUCGGAAGAGGCUGUUAGAUCUUCUAGCCAGUUGCAUUCAUCAGCCGGUUCGGCUUCUCAGUUUAGUCCAGUUAUCGACGAUCGAUCGUUCUUGGACUCCCUUACUGAGGACUGCAGGGAGUUAGCAGAUACGCUUGCCCUUGCCGUCGCAGACGAUGAUGCUGUUGGUGUUACCUUGCCGAGAUCCUUGUUCCAUUAUUUGACAGAUGAUGGCACCGCUUUUCUGACCAAGGAGGAUAUUGGUCAGUUUUUGAGAGGAGAAAUGAUUAAUAUUUCUAUUAUCCAAGUGUACAUAAGGGCUACGCAGUCGGACUUGGCUGGAUUUGGGGAUUCUAUUGGACGUGUUUGUUGGAUGUGUCCGCAAAGCACCGUUAUGGAGUCGCAUUCAUCAUCGGAGGAGGUAACAAAGUACAUUCUGCAUGCUAUGGUUGGAUGCGUCGAUGUAAAUGCUAGUAUCAUGUUCGCGCCAAUCUUUCAAGACCAACAUUGGAUGCUACUUGUCAUAUGUCCCUUGCCUGGGAUAGUUUAUAUCUUCGAUUCUGCCAGCUAUGACAAACAGCGGAAGUUAAAGCUUAAAUUGCCUAUGAUAGUGUAA